CCGCCUCCCCGGCCUCCUCCUCCUGGUGAGGGUGUGCGAAGCCGACCGCGCGAGCGGGAGCGAGGAAGCGAGGAGCGAGCGGGCGCUGCCGGAGCCCGCAGCCCGGGCGUCCGCGGCCGCCGGGAGCCCCGCAAUAUGCCGCCGCGGCCCUCUGGCUCUCGGCCAUGGCGAGGCUCAGCCGGCGCGUCCCUUGUACCCUGCUGCUCGGCCUGGCCGCGGUGCUGCUGAAGGCGCGGCUGGUCCCCGCGGCCGCUCGAGCCGAGCUCAGCCGCUCCGACCUCAGUCUCAUCCAGCAACAGCAGCAGCAGCAGCAGCAACGGCAGCGGGAGGAGGCGGAGGAGGAGAGGCCAGAGGUGCCGGCGGCAUCCUCCACCGCUACUGUUCCAGUGUCUGUAUUUAUGCUGAAAGUGCAGGUGAAUGACAUCAUCAGUCGCCAGUACCUGAGUCAAGCAGUUGUAGAAGUGUUUGUAAACUACACGAAAACAAACUCCACAGUAACUAAAAACAAUGGAGCAGUGUUGAUAAAAGUACCCUAUAAACUGGGGCUCAGCUUAACCAUUAUUGCUCACAAGGAUGGCUACGUGCUGACACCUCUGCCUUGGAAGACUGGAAAAAUGCCAAUAUAUUCAUCAGUUACACUUUCACUGUUCCCGCAAAGCCAAGCAAAUAUAUGGCUAUUUGAAGACACUGUUUUAAUUACCGGAAAAUUAGCUGAUGCCAAAUCUCAACCAAGUGUUCAGUUUUCAAAAGCCUUAAUUAAACUACCCGACAACCAUCACAUUAGCAAUGUAACAGGCUAUCUUACAGUUCUACAACAAUUUUUGAAAGUGGACAAUUUCCUGUAUACAACUGGAAUUACUCUCAAUAAAUCAGGUUUUGAAAGUCUUGAAUUGACUCCUCUUGCUGCAGUAUGUGUGAAAAUAUAUUCUGGAGGAAAAGAAUUAAAGGUGGAUGGCUCUAUUCAAGUUUCUCUCCCUCUUCUACAAACAAAUGAUAUACGUGCAGGGGAUCACGUACCUGCCUGGACAUUUGACAUGAACAUAGGUGCUUGGGUAAAUCAUGGCCGGGGAACAGUCAAGGCAUAUAAUAAUCACUUAAUCUGGACAUAUGAUGCACCACAUUUGGGCUAUUGGAUAGCAGCUUCACUUCCAGGAACUAGAGGUUCAGGUAUAAAUGGAGACUCAAGGGACAUAACUGCCUACCACACAGUGUUUCUCACAGCCAUAUUAGGAGGCACAAUAGUCAUUGUCAUUGGAUUUUUUGCCGUACUUCUUUGUUAUUGCAGGGAUAAGUGUGGUACUCCGCAGAAAAGAGAAAGAAAUAUCACUAAACUCGAAGUCCUCAAGAGAGACCAGACAACUUCAACAACACACAUAAAUCAUAUCAGUUCAGUCAAAGUUGCAUUAAAAGCUGAGGACAAGUCACAGUUAUUUAAUGCCAAAAACUCCUCAUAUAGCCCUCAGAAAAAGGAGCCAUCAAAGGCAGAAGCAGAAGAAAGAGUUUCCAUGGUAAAAACUCGGGACAAUUUUAAAAUCUACAAUGAAGAUGUUCCAUUUCUAUCAGCCAAUCAGAGCAAUUACUCAAGAAACCCACCGCAGUCUGUGGAGACCAAUGUAGGGUCCAAACAACCUAAACAUAUUAAUAACAAUCUAUCUUCAUCUCUAGCUGAUGCACAAGAGGAAAAGAGAUACCUCACAGGUAAUGAAGAGGUAUAUGGACAUUCCCACAUUCCUGAACAGCUUAUGCAUAUCUACAGCCAACCCAUUGCCAUUCUUCAAACAUCUGACCUUUUCUCCACUCCAGAGCAGUUACAUACUGCUAAGUCAGCUACUUUGCCAAGAAAGGGACAGUUAGUCUAUGGCCAAUUGAUGGAACCAGUAAGUAGAGAGAACUUUACACAGACACUGCCCAAAAUGCCCGUGCAUUCUCAUGCACAGCCCCCAGAUGCCAGGGAAGAGAAUAUCCCACUUGAAGGUCAACAGAGUUUGCCAUCCCAAACUUCAGAUUGGAGCCGGUAUUCAAACAGCUUACUAGAAUCUGUUUCUGUUCCUGGAACGCUAAAUGAAGCUGUUGUAAUGACUCCCUUUUCAUCAGAGCUUCAAGGAAUUUCAGAGCAGACACUCCUGGAGCUGUCCAAAGGAAAGCCUUCCCCCCAUCCCAGAGCAUGGUUUGUGUCUCUUGAUGGAAAACCAGUCGCACAAGUGAGACAUUCCUUUAUAGACCUGAAAAAGGGCAAGAGAGCCCAGAGCAAUGACACGAGUUUGGACUCUGGGGUAGACAUGAAUGAGCACCACUCAAGCAGAAAACUCGAGAGGGAGAAAACUUUCAUCAAAAGCAUGCAUCAACCUAAGAUCCUCUACUUAGAAGAUUUAGACCUGAGCAGUAGUGAGAGUGGAACCACUGUCUGCUCCCCUGAGGACCCAGCUUUAAGGCACAUUCUAGAUGGAGGGAGUGGAGCUAUCAUGGAACACCCUGGGGAAGAGUCUCCAGGAAGAAAAAGCACCGCUGAAGAUUUUGAAGCCAAUAUAUCCCCCACUAAAAAAAGGGGCAGACCACCACUAGCCAAAAAAGAUAGCAAGACUAAUAUCUGGAAGAAGCGAGAGGAACGCCCCCUGAUUCCCAUAAAUUAACAUUGAGGGUGGUUGUGUCUCUGCUGUCUCGUGCUGUUUAUUCUUGCUUCUUGUAAAUUGCUUAAGAACUUUUUAAGAAGUGGAGACUGAGCAAUCUCAUGGUCCCUGGACAUGUCUCAAGCAGAGUAAAUAGUAAAAUGGCAAUUCACUAAUGAAAGAGAAAGAUACCAAGAAAUGCUUUUUCUGGCCUAUUCUUUUCAUUUAUUUUCAGGUGAUGAAUUUGAAGUAUCCAAGAGCUCAAAAUGUAAAAUAGCUUCAAGAUGUUAGUUAUCUGAAAAUGUUGCUCAAUCAGCCAAUUUAGCCCUCUCUUAAGAAUAACAGUGAAAUGUGUACUCCUAAAGUUGCUUUCAAAAAAUCUUGCCUCUGCUUUGAUGCCUGCCCCUGUCAAACAUUUAGAAAUGAAACUGUAUUCUUUGGGCAUCAUAGUAUUGUGAAAUAGUAAUAUUAUGUUCUCCUCUGCCUAUAGGUGAAAAUAACGAUAAAUGUUUUCAAUUGAUGUUGCUCUAGAAUUUUAAAGGCCAAACAAUAUUUCUUUUUUUUUUUUGCAAUAAACGGUAUGUGUACUGUAUCAACCCCAAAAGAAAUCUUACUCAUUUAAGAUGGGCAAAAAGCUGCUUGGUUGUUAGAGAGGGAAACAGGAGCUCUUUGGCUACUUUUGGAUAUAACUUCACAGAAUAAAUGGUAAGGUGUUAACCUGUUAUUUAGAAAUCUGAAAAAUGAACGCUCUGAUACUUUCAUUUUUAUUUUAAAUUUUCUCUUUUCCCUGCUUCUAUAGUGAAAUGAGCUAAGCUGUCAAGGAAAACUUUUAUCAAUUUGAAAAUAAAACCCAUAUCUUAGACUCACUGAUACAUGUAGGCUAAAAUCAGCUUUAAGAUAUUUUUUCUAUCCCCCCAAUUAAUUCACUUUAAAUUUGAUUUAAAAAUUAAUAUUUAGGUGUUCAUAAGAAGCUUUCAGUUUAUUAAAAAAUAUGUGAAGCUAAAGGAAAUAAACAUUUCAUUUUUUUUGAAAUGUUGAUAAGCAGGAAAAUAAAUUCUAUUUCCCCAAGACUCAAAAAUACCUUCAUAAUAUUAGGGUAUAUAUCCAGAUGUUCUUCUCUUGACAUUCAUAAAAGAUGUUGUAGAAAACGUUUCAAUUUAAUGGAGAAAUAAAAGUUUUUUUAAAUCACUUAUAGCAUUUGCAACAUCUUUUUCUAGUUUUGGAAGUAAUAUAUCCAUGCUCUUUCCAUCAUCGCAAAGAAUUCAGUAUGAAUACAUUCAACAGCUGUUUUUAAUUAUAAUUGUCUUCAACUCUGAAUUAUCAUUCAUAUGUCCUAAAAAUAAAGCUCUUAGUUAAUUAAAAUCAACUCAUCCCAUUUUUCUUAAAAUUUCCAUGAAGGCAAAUGUCUGAAGCAGCUUCCCCUUUCCCUUGGGGGCAAAGUAAAACUAAAUUAUUUCUCAUCCUCUUCUAUUCAACAUGGGAGCAACAUAGAGACCCAAGGCACAUAAACGAAUUGAAAGAAGCAAAAUUAGCCAUAUUAGCUUUAGUCAAAUUAUAGAUGGAUAGUCAAUGAAAGACAACCAUUUUAUCCCCCCAAGAUCGUAGACUUCAGCCAGUUUUUUCCUAUAAUUACUUCAGUUUUUCCUAUAACACUUAACCUGUCCGAUAAUACUCCUUUCUGUAUUAACCCAAAGAACUUAAAAAGCUAGGCAAAAGUUUGCCAUAUUUUACCCAAUCCAUAGGAGAGAGAAAUAUUUGGGGUAAUACCUAGGUCUAGUUUUUUGAGUAGGUUUCUUCUCGGUCUACAGAAAGAUGCAUUAUAAGUGGCAUAAGUGAAAAUGACUUGGAAAAGGUUACAGAGUUAGUGCUCUGCUGAAGUGCCUUUGAUAGAGACUUGCUUUAUUGGAAGGAUACGCUAACAUCUUUCUUUAAUGUGAUUUUCUUUCCGUUAGCCAAAUUAAACAGACGUGCAGUUUUUGUUAAUUAAAAAAUAUAGACCUAGUGUUUCUCGUUGGAACAAUGAAUUUUGCAUGCAAGUAGUAUUUCUCUUGUGUUUUUUUGAAUCCAGUUUAUAUUGAUAAGUUACGUUGGAAUGAAGUUAGAGACCAUAUAGUAAAAUGUUGCACUUCGAUAUUUAAGUUUAUAUUUUCCCCACCUUUAAAUAAAAAUGUUUCAUCUUUUAGCUUGGUAAUGGAAUACACAUGUUGAUAUAAGGGUAUAUCAUUCAAAUAUGCCACUUAUUCAUUCUUAUGUAAAGGAAAUGAGAUGUAUCCCCAGGGGCUUUUCUAGAAAUACUUUUUUUUGGUUUCAGAAUAAAAUAUUUUUUUUAUACACUGCACAUUCUGUUCUCAAUGGGGUAAGUAUAGGCAAUUUACCUUUUCUAAUGAUCAAAAAUGUGUAACUUCUCGUUUGUGAGUAGUUCACAAAUUUCCUGUUAAAAAGCUGAAGCCAUCUACUUUUUCUUAACCCAAGUAAUAGUUACCCUACAAUAUUCACAACUUUCUUAAAUUUUUAAAUUGAAAACCAACAGUUUUUUGCAAAUGAAACUUGAGAAUUUUGAUCACAAAUUGUUAACAUUUGUGGAUCCUUUGUAUAUACUUUGGAUAUAUCUUAAAAGCAAAAUUAUCCCUCAAUUAACUGAUGGAUUCGUUUACUAAAGCACAGCUGUAUGUAUUUUUGAAUACAUAUUAUGAUCUUGAGACUUUAUAAAAUCAAUUUUUAUGACAUUUAUGCAGUUGUAUAGGGUUUAUGCCCUUUUGUAAUAUGCAGUAUACCACGAAGGUCACAAAUGUUGAGGAAUAAAAGCACUUCUUUGCUUUGGCAAUCAUUUUCAGAUCACUUUCUGUGUUUGAAUCCUCUGAUAUCAAUACAUAUAGAGUAUUAGGAAUCUGUAGGUCAAAUAAUAUCCCUCAAAACUUCCCAGAAAGGUGAAGCUCAAAGUCUGUAUUCAUUUAUAGUGAAAGAGUUUCUCAUUUACCCAUGUAUUUGGCACUGUAAAGAAUUUGACCAUGUUAAUUUCCAUCUCAGACCUUAAGUUGACAUAUUGCCCUCUUGUUUCUAAGUAUUUCUAUCUUUUGUAUUUCAACAGAGGAAUCUCACAUUUCACUGUAUUUAUUGCCAUUAUUAGUAUAUUUACUGCUGAAAACUGUAACAAUCUGAAGAUCUGUAAAAUGUUAAAUAUAGUUCAUUAAAGAUAAUAAAUCUAA